AGUGCAUCGGCAACCCGUUGGAACUUCAACAGUCGUGCUGUGAAUACAGUGUAUGAACAUAAAGACGAUCUGGUGAGGUGUUUUCAGACCAUCCGUAACAGUGAAGGAUUUGAUGCCCCUACAAAGAGAGAUGCCGGUGGUUUCGUGAGAAUGCUGGAAGACGAAGCUUUCUGUUUUUUCCUGGCCUUGUUUCACAAGAUAAUGCCACAUGUAGACAUGCUGUAUAACCACCUACAGAAGAGAAACAUCGAUUCUGUCACCAUCGCAGGGAUCACCCAGACAUUCAUCAGCCGCAUGCAGGCUAUCAGGGAGGCACUUCCUAAUCUGGUUGUGGAUGAGGAGUACAGGGGACCUGUUCAAGACCCACCCACAAAGAGACGGAGAACAUUGGGGGAAGACAGGCAACACCAUUUGGCACUGGAGGUGUGCGACACCAUUAUGAGCCAUGCCAAGGAGAGGUUUUCUUUCACCAAGCACCUUGUCAGCGCCACUCUGUUGCAAGGAGACUUGUUCCAACAACACAGCAAAAAUUUUCCAGAUGCAGCACUACAAACCACAGUGGAAGCCUAUCCCUCAUUGGACAAAGCCAGACUUAAAACAGAACUGUCCCUGAUCUACGACAACGAGGAGUUUCAGAGUUGUAGUGGUGCGCUGGCGCUCUAUCAGGUUCUGAUGGAAAACAACCUUCAAGACACAUUCACCGAAACUGUAAGUCUUCUUAACAUCCUCAUCACCACACCAAUGACAACAUCAGAAUCGGAGAGGUGUUUCUCUACUUUAAAGAGGAUAAAAACUUUCCUGAGAAACAAUAUGGCUCAGGAUCGGCUCAACGCUCUGGCUAUGCUGUCCAUAGAGAAAAAACUCACACAAGAACUUCCUGAUUUCAACACCAGGGUCAUCGAGAAAUUUGCCACUCAGAAAGACAGACGAGCAAAGUUCUUGUACAAAUAAGAACCCUUAACCAUAUUUACUCUCUUUCUCCAUCCCUCUCUCUUUCUCUCUUUAGCCCACCCCCCCAAUCAGUUUACAGUUGUUGUUUUCAAUAGUUAUUUUCAUUCAUUCAAAAAAAAAAAAAAAUCUGUUCAUGUUCAUUUUUACAAAUCUAUACAAAUGGCCAGAAUAUGGUUGUUCAUUUUAAAUUUAAAUUAAAAUUGUGUUGUUUGAUGUACUCAUUAAAUGGGUCAUUUUAGUCGAUAUCAUAAAAAUUGCCCCCCCUGAGAUUUUUUUCAGGAGCC